CGGGAGGGAACCGGAAAUGGGCGGGCAUACCGGAAGUGGAGGGCAUUUCCUGUUAGCUCGGCUUCCUCAACAUGGCGGCGCCCUUGUCGGUGGAGGUGGAGUUCGGAGGUGGUGCUGAGCUCCUGUUUGAUGGAAUAAAGAAGCAUCAAGUCACCUUGCCUGGGCGGGAGGAGCCCUGGGACAUCCGGAACCUCCUUGUCUGGAUCAAGAAGAAUCUGCUGAAAGAGCAGCCAGAGCUGUUCCUCCUGGGAGACAGCGUGCGGCCAGGAAUUCUGGUGCUGAUUAACGAUGCCGACUGGGAACUUCUGGGGGAGCUGGACUACCAGCUACAGGACCAGGACAGCGUCCUCUUCAUCUCCACGCUGCAUGGCGGCUGAGGGCCCCUCUCAGCUUGGGCACCCUUGUGAGGGAAGAACCAAACAACCACACAUCCCCUUGGCCCCCACUUCCAGGCCUCCUGUCCCCCCUUCGCUUCUUUCCUCCCUGUAUCCCCUGAUCUCCCUCCAGGCAGGGAAAAGAGGCCAGGUGCUAAAAUGAGCUCUUCUCUGCAGGGCACGCGAUUGAGCAGGGGGGGACAGGCAGCCCUGAGCCCAGCCGUCUUCUGGCAGCUGCGGUGGGGGAGGGCACCCCUCUGGUGUGUCAGGAGUGGAGGGGGCCUUCCACCCAGGUGACUCAGCUGCCUUCCACUUUAUGUCUUAAUUGAAGUGCUGAGUGACUGCGGACAAGGCACCCCUGCUCCUGGGCCGUCUUCAUAGGGAAGAUGAAUGGACUAGAAUAACUGAUAGCAGGCCCUACCCUUCUCAAAGAUUGGAAGAGUCUUCGCCUCAGUUUCCCCAUCUGGACAGCAGAGGGCCCUGCCUGUCCCCCACUGAUAUCAUUAUGGAACCCCAGCUGGGGUUCCCUAUUCAGUGUUGACCCUCUCCCCACACCCAGCAGCUGCUCUCCCAGCCACACCCCUCCUCCUGCUCUCCUCCAGCCCUUGAUCCUGACUGGCACUCUCCCCCCCCCCAAGCCAGAUGGGCUCCUGAGACCUUCCCUAGGCUGCCUACAACUGGGUACAGAGGAGGAGGAAGUAGCCUAACUUUGGAAUGACCAAUAGAAGCCCAGGGGUUGGUACACCUCAGUUUCUUCUUCCACAACAACUGUUUAUAGUCUCUCAAGCCUGGGGGAGGGACUUGACAGCGUAAAUGUAGACUUGAUCUUCCCACUUCCUAAAGAAAGCAGGGUGGGAGCAAAUAGGCCCUCUCUGGGCGGCAAAGUGGUUUGCCCUUCCUUCCUCUAUCUCUUCUGCAAAUUUGGGGGCCUCAGUGCCCACAGCAGCUGUCCUUGGGCAAAUAAAAGACUAGGUUGUUUACUA